UGACUGAGUAACGUCAUUUUUUAACUUAUAAUGGACAAUAAAAAUAUCAUGAAUAUUAAAAUUGACUGUAGGGAGAAAAUGGAGAACUUAACUUUAAGCGAUUCUGCCAAUACUAUGAGAACUGCCCAAAGAAAAACUACAAAUGAGGUGCCGUCUGUCGAAAUUGACCGAAAUAAUCCUGCAUAUUGGGCGGAAAUAUUUAAAAAACAAACGGCAGUCCCUCCGCAGAAUAAUGGCGAAAUAAUGGAGGUAGAGGAAAAGGAAGCUGAAGGAAAAGAGGAGGAAGAAAAAGAUCGACAGAAUUGGAUAAGGCAGAGGAGAGAAGAAGGCAGAAUGAGAGAGGACAGAAAAAGGGAGACAAGUAGAGGUGCAUGUAGGGAAGAAAGGAAUAGAACUAGAAGUAGGGGAGAAAGAGGAGAGACGAGUAGAAAUAGAAGCAGGGAAAGAUUUGGGAGCAAGGAAGAAAGAAGGGAAAGGAAUAGUAAUGCAAGGGAAAGAUUUAAAAGCAGAGGAAAUAAUAUUAAAAGGGGAAAUAUACGUGGACGAGGCAGAGGACGGGAUGGGAGGAGAGGGGACAGUCAGAAUGUUCGGGCAGCUAAUCGCGGACGUGGGCGUCGCGCAAUAUCAAACACCCAACAACCAAAUCAGGCUGGAUCUGCUGUUGUAGGGUGUUUGCAGUUCAAUGACAUUUCGUCCAUGGUUGAAUUUACUAGACAAUUUAUAAAUCAUUAA